AUGAUGUCCAGGGGGUGCGUGAGCCACCUUCAUGGCGUUGAAUUGGAUGAAAGAACGACCAGCGACGCGACACAGAAGCAUCUGACGCGGACAAAUGUAGCAGGAUCGAGAACGAUGGCUAGGACAGCCUGUGCCCCCUCCAAUUCCAUAGACGUAUUGAUUGGACUUGGAGGAGUUCUCUGCAAAGUAAAUGCCCGCGCCAAACAUACCACCGAUGUAGGCGUGACGUUCGUCAAACCCACGAGUGACAAUGGAGUGGAGGAAUGGCGAACCGUGGAAGAGGAAGCGCUCGUUAUAGUGGCCGACACCAUUAGUCCUGCUUUUACCCCCAUUGGUGCUGCCGCUGCUGCUGCUGCUGCUGUUGCUACCUCCACAAUCCUCGGCUAUCUCAGCACACCGAUGCACAUACCGCUCCCACAUCCGACGGUUACGAAUGCGAGUAAUUUCCAGGACGUGUAGGCUCUGGAACACACCACCACAGUUGUCUUUGUGCUGCCGAAUGCUGCUUUGAAGCUGUUCUUCCACAUCCCUGAAUUCGUUUGAGUCUCUCGGCACGUCCACAAACACCGUUUCUGUAGCAGCUGCGGCAGGAAAGAAGUCCGAACCGGGAGGUAUGGGUUCAUGCACCCCAACACCUCUGAAGUGGCCACCACCAACUAUGCGCGUGGAGAGAUCUUCCAUUGACGCAAUUGACGAUGUUGAAAUGGCGUUGGCAGGAGAAGCAGAGGCUGUGGAGGCUGCAAUCACCGAUCGGUAUCUCCCAAUCCCCUUUAUUAUUUUGUGACGUUGGCCAUAGAUUACCACACCCAAUUCCUUUAAUUCUUCAUGACCAAGGUCUACUAAGAUGUCCAGAGUGAUCUGCUCCUUCUCGAAUAG